UCCUCUGUGGGGAAAAUAAACAUGUUAUAGCAGCACAAGAGCGACUGCAGGAAACUGAUUAACUAUUUAAAUGAAAUAACUAAUUAAAUAUUGCUGCAUUCAAAAGCUAUAUACAGUACAUUAUAUACAUUACAACAUACUGCAUUAUUGCUGUGGUGGAAUGUAACAUUUACUUAGCAACGAGUACUAUGCUUAAAUACAAAAGUGCUUGUGCAUUACUUAAGUAUUUUAUGCUACUAAUAUAUUUAUUUGACACAUAAAAAAUAUGGUAGAGGAACAUUUAUUUCACUGAUCCCUCAAAGUCCCAAAAUACAACUACACUCACACAAAAAUGGCUAAUAGACAGCAAAUGUAGAGAGAAGGUGAAGUUAUGUGGAGCAGUUAGAGGUUCAGGACCUUGCUCAAGGGCAUCUCAGCAAUGCCCAAGAGGGCCAUACUGUGGUCCAUGGACCUGAACCUGGCCCUCUGGUUCCUAUCGAAGCUAGUGCGUGAUGCUACCUAACUAACUAACUAGCAAAAACAAUAAUUCCUGCUUAGUAUUAGGAGUUAAAUACAUACUUUAACUUUGUAACAACGUGCAUUUAGUAGCUGUAGGCUAUAGAGUACACUUUUUUGGCGGGUGUGUGCACACACGCAAGGAAUUUGACUCUGGUUACAUGUUGCUGUCAAUGUACGUACAAUUAUAGACAUAAAUACAGCCAGAAAAACAAGGAGCUUGACAGGUACAUAUAAACAUUGACAUAAAAACUAUGUAGUAAACAACAAUAACAUUUGGUGAAAGUGCAAUGGUGAAUUGCUACUUAGUAUAAAGAAUUAAAUGCAUACUUUUACUUGAUACAAAUGUGCAUAUUUAAGUAUAAUUGUACUUGUGCAUUGUGUAUUUGUAUUUUAUGCUACUUCUAUGUUUAUUUGACAUACAAAACAUGUGAUCGCCUCAUAAAAUACAAUGCCACUCAACAGUAUAGCAACAAAAAUAACUAUAUCUCCACUUAGACCAGCAAAAACACAGAUUGCAACGCUUACUUUUGCUUCAUACAAAAGUGAUUUUUUUAUGCACCUUUUCUAUUUUAUGCAACUUCUAUGUUUAUUUGACAUACAAAACAUAUGCUCUCGUUAUAAAACAUGAUGCUACCCAACAGUAACUUUAAAUAACUAGAAUUACGAAUUGAAUGCAUACUUUAAUAGAUACAAAUGUGCUUUUUUACUGAUACUGAUGCUACCUAACAGUGUAUAAAGCAGGUAAAAUUUAUAUAGAUCCACUUUGGCGAGCAAAAACAUGAUUUUGGCAAGUAGUAUCAGGAUACAAAUGUACAAAAGUAUAAUUUUGGAUGUAGGUUUUAUAUCUGAUUAUUCAGAUUAUCAAAUAUUCUAUAUCCUUGAACAUUUGUGGGAAAUAUAAGUACAGUGUAAGACAUAUACAGUCCUACAGAUAUAAUAGGAAACCUCUAUGUUUGUGUCUGUAUCUGCACAUAAACUCUAACAUUCACGCGAUAAUUGAACAGAUUAUAUUUGUUCCAUAUGUCGAGCCUUUAACUGUUUCACCUUGUCAAAAAGGGAACCCACCAGUACCAGGAAACAGCCCGGCAAAGGUCACGCUGAUUAUUUAUUGGCAAUCUGCCAAGGGAGAGCGCGAGCCCGUGCGUCUGUUCUUUUUUUUUUUUUUUUUUUUUUUGCGUGAGUGGAGUGUGUGCGCGCGAGAGAGCGUGCGUGGCGUGGCGUGCGUGUGUUUACUGGAAGAACCUCUGAACGGAGGAGGCGGAGCCUUACGAACAUCGGCUUUACUCAUUGGAAACAACCUCCAGUAACCUUCUUCCACACACGGACGGGAUCUCUCCCUCUCUCUCUCUAUCUCUCUCUCUCUCUCUCCGGCAACAUAUCGCCACCACCACCGCGGCCACAUUCCUCCGCUCGGGAAAGAGAGAAGAAGAAGAAGAAAGAAAAAAAAAACACACACACACACAAACUCACACUUUCUGGAUACUUUUUUUUUUUUUUUUUUAGGAUUUUAAUGCCUGAGUUAAUAAUUCAUCUAGCACUACUCUCGGGUAGUUUGCAUAUCUUUUUCUUUGGCGACGAGCGGCUGCGGUGCGGGGCUGAACAUAUCUGCAAGCUGUGUUUAGGUGCUCUCUCCCAGCCCCUCUCUGGAUGCAUCAGACUCCUCUGCCCCGGGGCCCUGGACCCGGUGUGUGACCCCGCCGCCCUCACCCCAUUCCCCUUCUCUUUCCUCUCCCUUGACCCCAAACUCCUUCCUACCUGUUCACCUCGACGCUCCUGUUCUGGGCCCCCUGCCUCUCGACCAGCGUGCAGAGGCAGGGGGCCAUGGCGCCAUGGUAACCUUCAGCGGACGCAACCCCCUCGCCAUGAGCAGCGUGACCCCUCCAGAGGGCAGGGUUCAGGGGUCAAACUUCACCCCGCAUCACUUCAAGCCCUUCAGCUCGCAUGCACACUACCAGCAGGUGAUGCAUGCAUUGCGUAAGCUACAGGAGAGUGGGUUUUACUGGGGGCCCGUUGGGGGUCGGGAGGCCAGCUCCAUGCUGCGCUCUGAACCGCCUGGCACCUUCUUGAUCCGCGACUCCUCGGACCACCACCACUUCUUCACCCUCUCUGUCCAGACGGCACGAGGAACCAAGAACCUGCGCAUCCACAGCGAGGGAGGCGGCUUCUUCCUACAGCCAGACCCCCAAAAUACCCAAGAGCCCCCACAAUUCGAUUGUGUGCUGAAACUCAUAGCGCACUACAUGGGCAAAGGGCCCGAUGCUGGAAGGAGCAGAGACGGGGCAUGUGGGGGCAAUUCAGGAGAGGCUGAACUGAAGGGACGCAGCGUAUAUCUGAUCCACAGCGGUGGAGAGAGGAUUCCCCUGGAAUUGCGCCGACCCCUCUCAACAUCUCUCUCGUCCCUGCAGCACAUGUGCAGGAGGACCCUGAACAACCGAGGCCUGGGGGGGUCAGAGCGAGCUGAGCAGCUCCCGCACACUCUUAGAGACUUCUUGGAGGAGUACGAUGCUCCGAUAUGACUGACAGGAACCGCAGAGGUUCCACAACAUGGACCAGGUGAUUGGAGGACGGCGCAGACCAGUUCUAAGUGCAUAUGAGGAUAUGCGCACCUUCAGAUACUGACCAGAGUUAGCCUUAGACGCCAGUGUGAGGUCAGUUUUUUUCAUUGAGACCAGAAUCAGCUCUGUUUCAACACUGACGGACACCAGAGUCUCCGGAGUCUCGGAUGAGGAGGAGUGUGAUCUGGGUAACCAACCAGUACCUCAUCCGUCCUGCCUUGCAAAAAACAAAACAACAAAAACUGACCACUAGUGUGAGUGGCAGAUGAAGCCAGAGGUUAAAGAUCAAUGUUUCCUAUGACUGACUCAGACGCAGAGCAGAGCCUCGUAGAAGAUUAACCUGAUCGGUAGAUAUUAACAAUGUGACAGUGGUGACGCGAUCAAUGCGACGUCGGUGAUCCCCUGUGGGUUUGAUGUGCUUAAGAAGAAACAGUCUCCUCUGUCAGCCUUGACAUUUACAACACUUUGGAUCACUGGACAGAAAGAAAGAAGGCAAAGAACAGAAUGGCUUAGAGGGGGCGAACGAAGGAGGAGUUACAGAGAAAAGGCAAAGUCCAAACGAGGGGCCCAAUGCAGAGAACCUACAGUAUUUGUUUGUCUGAGUGUGUGUCUGUGUGUAUUUGUGUGUUGCGGUGGUGCACACAUUUCCAUUGCUGCUUCCCGCAAAUGUUGCCUCAUAGAGGGGAGUGGGGCGGUCAUGCACGCUUGCUCCACACAUACACACACACUCACACACACACACACACACACACACACACACACACACACAGGUACAGACCCACAUGUAGGUUUUGUUAGCGUGGGAACAAGAGGAAAACAAAAAAAGCAUUACAAAGCAUCUUCUCCUUCUCCUGUUUGUUUCUCCGUUCUCCUCCAUUACACCCCCACUCCCCCCCCCC